CAAAGUCCGUUUGACUGUUAUCUAAAUAAUCUUUAUCGAUUAACUUGGAAGAUAAAAAGGACUUUCUAUUAGGAACGUCUCUUCAAAAUUAAAAAAGUAAAAGAAAAACAAGCGGUUGCAAGUUCGCCACGUCAACUUCAGUAGAUGCCACGUCAUCACUAACGAUAAACUGAUAUAUGGGGAUAAGGGGUGCACCGUUUGAGAGGGAGAGAGAGAAAUGGCGCGAGUUCUGUUUCAGUUGAAGAGCACAAGCGUAAUGGCAUGCGCUAAACUUGAUACUAACAGAGUCGAACUGCCAGAGAAGACCCGGAAUUCGAGGGUUUUGGUACUAGGUGGAACGGGUCGGGUUGGCGGAUCCACAGCCAUUGCUCUUUCCAAGCUUUGUCCUGACCUACGAAUUGUUAUCGCCGGUCGAAACAGGGAAAAAGGUGCUGCCCUGGUGGAUAAAUUGGGGAAGAAUUCUGAUUUUGCUCAAGUUGAUAUCAACAAUGUAGAGUCUUUGGAAGCGGCUUUAAGUGAUGUGGAUGUUGUAGUUCAUGCUGCAGGCCCUUUUCAACAGACGGAGAAAUGUAGUGUACUUGAAGCUGCCAUAGCGACCAAGACAGCGUAUAUUGAUGUUUGCGAUGAUACAAGUUAUGCCCUGCGUGCAAAAUCGUUCAAGGAUAGAGCUUUAGCUGCAAAUAUUCCUGCCAUUACAACUGCUGGAAUCUAUCCAGGAGUCAGCAAUAUUAUGGCAGCAGAGCUAGUUCGUGCUGCUAGAAUGGAAAGCAAGGGAAACCCAGAGAGGCUGAGGUUCCAUUACUACACAGCAGGAACUGGUGGUGCUGGUCCAACCAUUUUAGCUACUAGUUUCUUGCUUCUUGGGGAGGAGGUUGUUGCAUAUAAUAAAGGAGAAAGGAUCAAACUAAAGCCAUAUAGUGGAAUGCUCAACAUUGACUUUGGAAAGGGGAUUCGAAAGAGAGAUGUUUAUCUGUUGAAUUUGCCAGAAGUACAAAGUGCUCAUGAGAUCCUAGGAAUACCAACUGUCAGUGCUCGUUUUGGAACUUCACCAUUUUUCUGGAAUUGGGGAAUGGAAAUCAUGACUAAUCUUUUCCCUCCGGAAGUUUUGAGGGACAGAAGCAAAGUCCAACAGUUAGUUCAAUUGUUUGACCCUCUAGUUCGAGCUCUUGAUGGGAUUGCUGGAGAGCGAGUAUCAAUGAGGAUUGAUUUGGAGUGCUCAGAUGGUCGCAACACAGUUGGCAUAUUUAGUCACAAAAGACUCUCUGUAUCUGUGGGAAAUGCAACAGCUGCUUUUGUUCUUGCAAUUCUCGAGGGAAGCACAAAACCUGGGGUGUGGUUUCCAGAAGAGCCUGAAGGAAUUGCAACCGAGGCAAGGGAAGUUCUUCUCCAACGUGCUGCUGAAGGAACAAUCAACUUUGUAAUGAAUAAGCCACCUUGGAUGGUAGAAACAGAACCCAAGGAAGUUGGAUUAGGAAUAUAUGUGUGAAUAUCAUAAAAAAGCUAGUCAAGUUCACUUCAAUUUUCUCCUCAGGUUCAUGCUGCACUACCCUUCCAAGGUGGUGGAAAUGGCACGUUCAACAAGACCCAGAAUGAUCCCAUAAGUAAUAAUAGUUGUCGGAGAGAGUUCGGACAGCGGGGAUUAUGAAUAAUGAAAUCUUUUUAUAUAGCUACUAUACUUCCCCCAAAGCAAUUCCAGAUUCAUUCUUGUGCUAUUUUUGGUAUUAUUCAAUUGAGAGCUUUGGAUAGGAUUAAUCAAAA